AUGACACAGCGAUUUAUUGAAAGAGGAUAUAGGCAAAAGGAUUUGCUAGAGAUGAAAUCAUGUGUGUUAUCAGCUGUGGAACCAGGAGAGGAGACCCCAUCUAAACAAGAAGAUCAACUCACUUUCGUGACUACAUACUCACCAGAGAUCAUACCACUAACCCAUACCAUUAAGGAAGAAUGGAAGCUGAUUGAAGCAGAUCACACUCUGCCUUUCAAGAAUUGGAAGGCACCGAGGAUAGGGUUUCGACGAGGAAGGAACUUGAGAGAUCAUCUUGUUAAAGCGGACGUCAACCCUGAAGGGGGUGCACGGACAUGGCUGAGGACGAAAAAGAAAGGGUGCUACCGUUGUAUUAGCUGCGUGACUUGCAGUGGGAUGAUCACUGGCUCCCACUUUCGUCAUCCUGAAAACAACAAGACAUACGAGAUCAAGGAAGAAUUUUGUUUUGGACACCUUUUAGUGCAGGGCCCCCAGGACCCUGUUAGCGCGACUAGGGACCUGGCAAGGAUCGGGUUAGUGCGCUCUACCGAGCGCAAUAAGAGAAUUGGUCCUCAAGAACCCCCAGAUGAUUUGCAGUCCAUAGGCUGGAAGAUAAACUUUAAUAAACUGCCAUUCCAGAUACGACAGAAAGCAUUACUACGCUUGUUGAUGAAAAGACACCGUAAGUUCCAAAAUACAACCUGGGAGCAGUCAGACAUGGAAGAGUUAUCUGAACUUGACCCCACUGAAAUGCCCCUGGAGGAGGAAGAAGAAGAGGAAGAUAAUGGCGUAAUGGAUGAAUGUCUUCGACUGAUCACUCAGAAUGCUAAUGGGACUUUAAAUGGAAAAGACCGAUGUGUUUGUGAAAUUCUCUUGCCUGACAGCACCUUCCCGGCCAAGAGGGUUGCAGCCCUUGAGGAAGAAACUAUGAAGAUGAGCAAUAGAGUGGAAGAUGAAAUGCAGAAGAUAGAAGAACAAGACAUCCGAAUAGAAUCACACUUGGAGAAGCUCAUUAACCUCACAAAGAGGAUUGAAGCCCUGGAGAAAUUGCGUCCUGAGGGCCUGGUAGAGAUCAACUUUGAUUUGCUCAAGAAGGAAAUGAAGGAAAUGGAAGUAUAUGUGAUCCAGUUGAGGAACAAGCAGAAUGGAAGCAACACACAUGUAGAGAUUCUUUAUACAGAGGUGAAGAAUAUUUCCAAAAUUGUUCAGCAACUUGAGACAAUGGACAAAAAUAAUGUUCUUAAAGCCCGCAGAGACAUGGAAACUCUGAAGAAAAAACUACUGGAUUGUGAAAAAAAUAUGAAAGCAAUGAAGCCUCCGGUCAACAUACCACUUGGUUCUUGCCAGCACAGUGGCUUGGCUCGCAUAAGUAAACCAAACCUUGUGCAGCUCAACUGGAAGGGAUCUGGGUACAAAUUUGGGGCAUGGGGUAAAGAUGCAGCCUGGAAUACCACAAAGAAGAUGAUGUACUAUGUAGCCCCUUUGAAUGCGGAGGGUCGGAUCCUGGAGUCUGUCCGUGUGUACCCAACACUGUAUGAUUUGCAGCUGUACAAAAACGCAAUUGAUGUACCACUCUCUACAUUCAAUAAAAACAAAUGGAAUCACACCAUUGCUGGUCAAGGUUCAGGGAUGGUCGUCUACAAUCAUAACCUGUAUUACAACUGUUACAACAGUCGGGACAUGUGCAGAAUCAACUUAAGCAGUGGCAUUCAACAACGCAAAACACUACCCAAUGCAGUAUUCGACAAUCGCUACUCUUACGCUGGCUCCAGUUUCCAAUACAUUGAUUACUCCUCGGACGAGAGAGGUUUAUGGGUUAUCUACACCACAGAGGCCAGUGCAGGAAACAUUAUAGUGGGCAAGAUCAAUGUAGCCACCUUCACAGUGGAGAAAAGUUGGACCACCACUCAAUAUAAGUCUGGUGUUAGUAACGCAUUCAUGAUCUGUGGCAUACUGUAUGCCACCCGAUCCAGUGGCCCACGGCAAGAGGAAAUUUUCUACACUUUUGACACCAAGACAGGAAAAGAGACACAUGUUAGCAUUAUAUUGGACAAAAUGACAGAGAAUAUGCAAAGUCUUACCUACAACCCCAAUGACCGCAAACUUUACAUGUUUGAUGAUGGCUACAUGGUCUUUUAUGAUGUAAUCUUGAAGCCCUGAGACCUGAAAUUUAGGUCUCUGCUGAAACUAGGCUUCCACCUCCCCUACACUUCCUAAUAUCUCUACUUUUAUUGACUCUCAACUCUCGGUCCUCCAACACACAUUUACUCUAGACUAGAGACAUCUCUGUAAUUUCAUUGACAUUUUCUAAUUGAAUUACUUGUUCAUAAAAAAAUUCUAUAGCACCAAUAAUUACAUUCAAAUUAUCCUGCUUUUUAACAAGAAAACAAAAUCAUGAAAUUAUGUCAUCAAAUUAUGAUUGCAAGAUAAAAUAAAGUAAUUAUCAACA